UAUCUCCGUAAUUUUGAAACAAGAGUUGUAAACACUGAAGUUACGUCAAUAAACCUACGUACGACGCGCCGCGGGAAAAUCGAUCGAUAUUUUGAUCUUUCAAGACGUGUUCUUUGUUAUAUAGCAUUUGUGCUUACAGAUAAAAUUAGUAAUGCGAAUUUAUAUAUAAGUAAAAUCCUGAAAGUGCAAAUAUGGUUCCAUUAAUAGUUUUGUGGUUGCCUUUAAUUUUAACAACAUCAGCUGAAUUUGUAUGGAGGCAUCAUAACAAUGAAGAACUAAUUCAAAUAUUGGAAGAAGUUCAUGAAAAAUGCCCGAAUAUUACAAGAGUAUACUCUUUAUCCGAACCUUCUGUCCGCAACGUUCCUUUGUAUGUUAUAGAAUUUUCCGACAAUCCAGGAUUUCAUCAAGCAUACAAACCUGAAGUAAAAUACAUUGGAAAUAUUCACGGAAAUGAAGUAUUAGGUCGGGAAUUAUUAUUGGGUCUUGCAAAUUAUUUAUGUGACCAAUAUCUGCGAGAUGACCGCAAUAUCAGAGCUCUUAUACAUAGCACACGAAUCCAUUUAUUACCAGCAAUGAAUCCAGAUGGAUGGCAACUAUCAACAGAUACAGGCGGCCAAGACUAUCUUAUUGGUCGUAAUAAUAACCAUUCAGUUGAUUUAAAUAGGAAUUUCCCUGAUUUGGAUGCAAUAACAUUUGAGUUUGAGCGUCAAGGUGUAAAUCAUAACAACCAUUUGUUAAAAGAUUUGGCUCGACUCGCAGAACCAUUGGAACCUGAAACACGGGCAGUAAUGAGAUGGAUCAUGUCGGUACCAUUUGUACUGAGCGCAGCAAUGCAUGGUGGAGAUCUUGUCGCCAACUACCCUUAUGAUGCAAGUAGGAGUGGAGCACCAGUGUCUGAGUAUUCAGCAAGUCCUGACGAUGAUACUUUUAAGGAACUGGCUUUGUCAUAUUCUUUCGCUCAUGCUGAUAUGGCAUCGGUGAAUAGAAGAGGUUGUCACUCUACCAACCCGGAUGGAGAGGCAUAUAAUUUUGGAAAACAAGGUGGCGUAACUAAUGGAGCGGCUUGGUAUAGCUUGAAAGGAGGAAUGCAAGAUUUCAAUUAUUUAGCAACGAACGCUUUUGAAAUAACAUUGGAAUUGGGCUGCGACAAGUACCCACCGGAGAGAGAAUUGGCUAGAGAAUGGGAGAGAAACCGCGCUGCUUUACUAGCUUACUUGUGGAAGGCGCACAUCGGAGUGAAGGGAAUAGUGAGCGACGACUCUGGUUUCAUUCAAAACGCCGUCAUAUCCGUAGUGAAUAUAACCGGACAUGUGCCACGACCCAUCCGACACGAUGUUACCACAGGCAUGUACGGCGACUACUACCGUUUGUUGACACCGGGCCAUUACGAAUUAACUGCGAGUCACCCCGGCUAUUUCCCCGUGUCACGUGUCAUUACAGUUCCGCAUUUUCAAAAUACCGCAACAGUAUUGAAUUUUAGAUUAGAGCCGACGACAAGCUGGUUUGAUGACUUGACAAACUUCGGUCAGUAUCCGCACGGAGUACCCAGUCAAGACACUCGCAUUUUCAAGAGAUCUCUCUAUAAACAGGUCAUAAACACUAUGCUAGAAAAGAAAGAGUCCGAUAAACAAUAAACAAAUAUUGCCAAUCACAUUUACCGAUGACUAAAUUGUAGUUCGUUCGUAUAGUUUACCUGCAAAUAUUUACAUAUCUAAUGCAGAUUUACUCACGACGCGAAUCGUAUUUGCCACGCACAUGGUUAAUAGUAAUGACAUUCGAUUAUUCGUUAUACUUACCCUAGUACUUAGUACCUAAUAAGAAAAUCAUAAUAUGUUAUCUCUUAUAGGUCUGUAAAAUAUUAUAAUUAAAUUGAGAAAGUACCAAACUGAAAAACAAUCAUAUUAACCGAAAUAAUUUUAUACAUAUAUUAUAAAAUAUUUUAUAAUAGUACAAUUUAUUUCAUAUUAAUAUUGUUGAUUUAGUCGUCAGGCUUAUGUGGUGAGAAAAUUAUAUAAUAUGGUAUGAGUAAAAAAGUGUUAGUAAAAUUUUGUUUAGAUAGUUACGAUUUUAUUUUUUGUUUUUGUCAUCAGUGCCAUGGAAACAGAUUACAAUUAUUUUUGGUUAUUGUCUAUUAAAAUUAUUAUAAUUGAAGAAAAUAAUAUUUCUCUCAGAAUUGUAAUUAAAGAAAUCUUUGAAUUUGUUGUUGGUAUGAUGUUGUAACAUGGUCACAUUUUUCUAGUCCAACUUUACCUGUUUACCAUGUAGACUGCACUAUCUGUAUAUAUGUCAUAGUGUGUAGUCAUAUCAAAUGUUUUUACUAAAUUAAGAUUAUUGUUCACAAAUCUAGUUAAAUACUUCAUUUAAAAAUUUUAAGACUCAAGACUUAGACUAAAAUAUUAAUAAACGCGGGUAAAUUAAUUGAAGUAAUUCCAGGACCCGCUAUAAUAGAUUAUUACUUGAUGGAUACUUGCAUGUUAUUAUGAUUUUUUAAGGAAGUAUUAAAUUAAAUGUUUAGAGGCAGUGCCCAUAAAUAUAGUGGAAUUUUAGUUUUGGUUAUACAUAGAUAUGAUUGUAAAAUUAUAUAUCAAUAGAAUAUAAGUAAUGCCAAUAUUAUUAUUAUCUACUGUAAUUAACGAGUGUAUAACACUAAUAAUAAAGUAUUGUGGUUUGUGUGCAUUGAAUUUAUUUUUA